AUGUCCCACUUCGCUUCCUUGCUCUUCGUCCUCUCCAUCACUACCCUCCUCAGUUUUCCGAGCACCAUCAGAUCCGACGAGCCAUGCCCGUAUCCAUGUUACCCGCCUCCCAUCGGUGGCACCACUCCGACAACUCCUUCCGUCACACCGGCACCGCCUCAGCCCGUCUCAUCCUAUCCACCCCCUUCUGGAUAUUACCCUUACGCCCCUCCGCCGCCCUACGGUGGUGACUUUAACGGCGGUUCCGGUAUGACCCCGCCGCCUCCUGACCCGAUUCUGCCUUACUUUCCGUUCUACUUCAGGAAGCCUCCUCACAAGACAGACGAGUCGUCGGAAGCACCCACUCUGCAGAGAUGGACGGGGACGAUGAUCGCCACGACCUGCUUUUUGACUUUGACUUUUCUCCUCGUGUAA